AUGACAAUAUCAAUGAUCCAUAGUUUAUUAAUUACUCUGAUCAUUUAUCAACAAGGUGUUGUGACUCAUCAACAUCCGACUGGACCAACUUUUAUUUCGACAAUAGUAACAAAACAGAAGCUUUAUUACAGUAACUUAGGUACAAGACUUGAUUGUUUAGCAACUGGUAAUCCAUUACCUAAAUUAACUUGGUUUCGAACGAAUAGUAGUGAUAUUCAUCAAUUGAUAUCUAUUCAAUCUUCUGAUCUUAUUGAUCUGUAUGAAAAUGGAAGUUUAUUUAUUCGACCAUUUCGAGAAUAUUUUAAAACAAUUCAUUCUACAUCAUACAUUUGUCGUGCUGAAAAUUCAGCUGGUAGUAUACAAACAAUACCAAUUCAAGUUAAACCACAAAUUUAUGAUGCAUAUGAAAUUGAAGUUAAAAAUCCAUAUGGAUUUGAACAAUCAUCUGCUAUAAUAUCAUGUGAAAUAUCUCCACCAUUAGCUAAUCUCUAUGUACAUAUUAUUGGUUGGUUAGAAAAAAUAAAUAAUGAUAUUUUUCAUCUUGAUUUAAAACCAAAAACAAAAUAUAAUUUAUUAUCAAAUAAAAAUUUAAUUAUUCACAAUUUAACAAAAUCAGAUGAUAAUCGAAGUUAUGCUUGUCUUGUUAAUAAUCAAAUAGAUAAUAAUACAAGACAAAGUCGAUUUAAAUCAUUACGUAUUCGAGAUCGUUCACCAUUUGGACCGGAAUUAUCUAUUCCAAAUAAUACAGAAUAUCAAGCACAAAUUGGUGAUAUAAUUGAAUUACCUUGUGGUAUAUCAUCAUUAUCUCCAAAUGCUCAUAUUUCUUGGUGGAAAGAUGGUAUUGAAAUUUCUAAUCGCAAACAAAAUAUCUAUAAUAAUUCUUUAAUAAUUCAACUUUCAACACCAUUAUCAAAUGAGUCAGGUAAUUAUAUUUGUCAUGUUGAUGAUGAAUCAAUCGGAAGAAUGACGUCAAUGAUUUCACUUAAAGUUAAUGUUCCAACUCAAUGUCAUAUGAAUUUCUCUGAAAGAAAUAUUAAUGCAGGAUCAACUAUAGAAUUCAUUUGCACAAUUAAUUCAAUAAAGAAUACAUCUGUUCAAUGGCAAUGGUAUCAUAAUUCUGUUCUAUUAUCAAGUAAAUUAGAUCAAUAUGUGAUUUCUAAUGUAACACGAGAACAUAUGGGAAUGUAUCAAUGUUGUUUUAUAUCAAAUUCAUUAGAUUUAAAUAGUUGUUGUGCUCAAACUCAAAUUCGAAUUAUUAAUUCACCUCCAUUUAUUUUUCUUGAUCAACAAACACAAUCAAAUAGUAUUAUUAUUUUAUCCGAAAAUAAAUCUCGUCUACCAAUUGAUCUUAAUUGUACUGUUUAUGGUGAUCCAAUACCAGAAAUAAAUCUUUUUAAAGAUGGACAAAAAUUAUUAAUUAAUAAUUCAAUUGAAUAUUUAUCAUCUGGUGAUAUUUUUCUUCAUUAUCCAUUUUAUAUAUCAAAUAUAAGUGAUACAGGUCUUUAUGAAUGUCGUGCGAAAAAUUCUUUCGGUUCAAUUUCAUUAACAAAACAUAUUAAUAUUAAUAAGCAAAAACCUUUUAUUCAACCAUUAACAAAUUUAACUGUUCGAACUGGUCAACAAUUUACUGUGCCUUGUUAUGCAUCUGGUCAACCGAAUUUAUAUCUACAAUGGAUUGAUAAAACACAUAAUCAAAUAAUUAAUACAUCAACAAUAUCUCCAAUAUUAUUUACAGCGAUAAAUACAAAUUCAAAUAUGUAUGUAUGUCAAGCAAUAAAUUCAUAUGGACAAACGUUUCUGGAAAUAUUUACAACCGUUCAAAUACCUGCUAAAAUAUUAUCAAUAACAACGAAUUUAACUAUAAAAAUAAAUGAAUAUUUAAAUAUUUUUUGUUAUGCUGAAGGUGAUAAUGAAUUGGAGUUAAAAUUAAUAAAUCCUUCGGCAAAAAAAUUAAAUACAAUUGUAACUACAUAUGAAAAUAAGAAGAAUUUAUCGAUAAUUAUUAAUAAUAUUCAAAUGUCUGAUAGUGGUUUAUAUGAAUGUUAUGUUAAAAAUAAUUAUUCAGAAGAUCGAUCAAUAUUUAAAAUAAUUGUACAAAAUAUACCAGAUAAAAUCGAUCAAAUAGCUUUCGAUAACUCGGAAAGAAUUUCAUGGAUGAAACCAUUCGAUGGAAAUUCAAAAAUUAUAAAUUAUGUACUUAGAAUUCAAUAUAAACAAGAUUUAUUAUGGUCAAAUGAAACAAUUGUAACGAUUGAUAAUGAUGAUACAACUACUUAUUCAUUUGAAAAUAUUUAUUCCAUAUGUAGUAUUUCGGUAAUAAUACAAGCAGUGAAUAAGAUUGGUUCGUCAUUACCUAGUCAACCAUUUUAUUUUCAAACAAAUAUUAAACGGCUACAUAUUGCUCCGUAUGAUCUCAAAGCUGUUAAUAUUUCUUCGAAGAGUGCUGUGUUAACAUGGCAAUAUCCAUCAUUUCAUAUAUGUAAUGAUUCAUAUAUUGAAUUUAUUAAUGAAAUCACUGAUCAAUACAAUCAAACUCAUAUUCAAACUCAUAGUUAUCAUUCAACGACGAUUACUAUUCAUCAAUUAAAAAGUUUUACUUAUUAUACAUUUAUGGUCUAUGCAAUAAAUGAUUUAGGACCAAGUCCAAUAUCAGAUCCACUGAAAAUACAAACAUUAGAAAGCGUACCGCUUGCUAUAAUCAGAGAUUUAACAGGAAGUUUAUUAAAUAGUUCAACUGCAUAUAUAACAUGGAUGUUUGAACAAGAUGAUUUUCAAUAUUUGAAUGGAAAAUUUCGAACAUUUGCUAUAACAAUCUAUGAAAAUUUCAAUAUGUCAACAUUAAGAACAAUUGAAACAACUAGCACGGAAUAUUUUUUUGAUAAUCUAAAUUCAUCAUCGCAAUAUCAUAUAUUAGUAGCAAUUUGUAAUUUUCUUGACUGUGGUUCAUCAUCAUUAGCAACUGAUAUUAAUACACCAUCAUCAAGUUCUGAUGCAAUAACAAUCAUACAUCCAAUUAAUAAACCACUCGGAAUUGACUGUUCGCUAUCAUCUAACAAUUCGAUUUCAAUAUCACAUCCACUAUUAUCUAAAUCAGAAAGUCAAUAUAAAUGUGGAUCAAAACUAUACAAUAUUCGAUAUUAUAAUAAACCUUCAUUUGUUCGAGCAACACUUCAUUAUACACUAUCGAAUGAAAUUGGUUUAAAGAUUUCCUAUCCAUCAGAAAUAAUCGAAAGUAUAACAAUAUCAUAUAAAAUUCAAGAUACUUUAUUAAUCAAUGAAUUAAAUAUAUUUCCACCAUUAUUAAAUGUUCGUUUAACUAAUUUAUCUUGUGGAAGUUUUUAUGAAAUAAUGAUUUAUGGUAGUAAUCAAGCUGGAUUUAGUUUAACAGAUUAUUUAAUAGCAAGAACAGACGGUUCAGUUCCAGCGUUAAUCGAAUCAUCAGAUUUAGUUCAAACUGUUUCAAAUAAUUAUAUUAUACUUAAUAUGGCAAAUUGGAUUAUUAAUGAAUGUUCUAUUCUAUCAUAUGAAAUAGAAUUAUUAACUAGUAAAACUAAUCUUAGUCGAUAUUUUUCAUAUAAAAAUGAUCUCAAUGAAUUAAAAAUUGAUAAUCUUCAAUCCAAUGAGGAUUAUCAGUUAAAUAUUAAAGUAAAUAGUCAAGCUGGAGAAAAUAUGGAGAUAAUUUCAUUUCGAACAACAAAUGAAAAAACUUCAAUAAAAUCAAGAAUGGAACAAUUUUUUAUACUUAUUAUUUGUUUAUUAUUAAUAUUUAUUUUAAUUUCAUUUAUUGUAAAAUUUUCUCGGCGAAAUUUAAGAAAAACAGAUUUAUUCAUUAAUCAAAAACGAAAGCUAAAACCUGUUUUAUGUACUUCCAAUUCAACUAAUUUUCGUAAGACUUGGUCAAAAACAGAUAAAGAUUUUACUAUUGAAAAUUAUGUAGAUAGAAGUCGUUCUAAUAGUUUUGUAUCAGAAGAUUCUCAAGGUAAUAUAAAUCCAUAUGCAGUUACUGGCUAUGCAAUGAAUUGUAAAGAUGAAACUAAUCUUGAAUCAAUUUAUAGUGAAACUAAACAUCAACAAAGUCAAUUAAAUACUACAGAUACUUGUCCAUCAAGUGCACAUACUGAACGAUAUUUUCGUCCAAUUAUUCUUGAAAAUUCGUUAUCUAACGAACAAGAUCUAUUAAAACGAAAUCCACUUAUACAAAUACCUGAUAAAUCUUUAUUACCAAAUGUUCAUUAUACAAUAUCGCCAUCACAUACAGAACUAUUUUCUGCGUUUACCUAUGUUUCAUCAUCAUCAUCAAAACCUAAAACAAAAAAAUCUUCUCAUAAUGAUCAAAGUUCAUCAUCAGCUGAUUCCGGUGUACAUUCAUCUGAUACUCAAAGUCCACGAUAUCAUCUACAUAAUUUCACAUUUGAUCAUUCAAUAUUAACAAAUCAAAAUGAUCCUCUCUAUGUUACAUAUGAUGAAACAACUACGGAAUCAUCUAGACAUCAACAUUAUUCAUUAGUUUAA